AUGUCGCGCUUGGAGAGCUACUCCCAUAUCUGCGGAGACAAUACAUUUGGACCUACUGUGCCUGGACUUGCAGAUUGUCGUGGCGGAUUCGACUUUACCGUUACAUUUGAGGAAAGCAUAUUCUCACUCACUACAUCAUGUCUAAUCGUUGCUAUUAUUCCCUGGAGGAUAUACUCCCUCUGGGCAAGAUCUGCCAAGACCCGUGACUGUUGCUUGCUCAACAUUAAAUUGUUCGGCUUUGUGGCACUUGGUGCCCUUCAUGCUGUCUUACUAGCCUUCCUUUCCAGGAGUCAGGCAUCUCAUCGUGUCCUCCUUGUAUUAUCGGGAACCUUUCAGUUACUCGCCAGCGUCUUGCUUACUGCACUAUGUUAUUGGGAACAUCGAAAGGCCAUCAGGCCAUCUUUCAUUCUAUCAGCCUCUUUACUUUUAACUACACUACUAGAUGCUGUCCGAGCAAGGACACAGUCUCUUCUUCCAGACAGUAAUACAGUCGCUGGAGUUCUGGUUGCGAUCGUCGUGGUAAAGUUGCUUCUUCUCUUGGCCGAUGCUAGAGAUAAAGCAAGUAUCCUGCUACCCGAGUACUCUAAAUCGUCCCUAGAGCUUCGAAGUAGCCUCUUCUCGAGAGCUUUCUUCAUCUGGUUGUUUCCUGUAUUAUCUAUGGGUUUCAGAACCGUCAUAUCUUCCGAUGACUUACCACCUAUCAAUGAGAAGCUAGCAUCACAGACGCUGACAGCUAAGGUUGAGCGGCGAUGGAAGAGGAGGGUUUCAAUAGGACCUCUUUCGUUGUUCAUAGAUGUCCUUGCUAGUUUCCCCAAAGAGCUCUGCAUCAUACUACUUGCAAAUCUAGUCCAGGUCGGCCUGAACAUCUGCCAGCCACUGCUCAUCCAGGAACUGGUGACCUUCCUGGACUCAGCUGACCGUUCUAUAAACAGGGGCUACGGGCUUCUCGGAGGGUUCUUCUGUGUUUCCAUGACCAAUGCUUUGGUAAUCCCAUGGGGUUUCCACUACGUUGGUCGUCUUAUGACCAUGACCCGUGGCGCACUUGUCCCCCUGAUUUACUCCAAGCUUCUCCAGCUGAGAGGAAACGACUUACACCAGAUGACCUCCUUCACUCUUAUGAGUGCAGAUGUGGAAACUAUCGUUAACGAUUCAUGGAGAUUACUGGAGCCAUGGGCUCAUCUCUUGCAGAUCGUGAUCGGAACAUACCUUCUCUAUCGUCAAUUAGGUGCGGUCUGCUGCAUACCAAUCGUCGUGAUUCUUUUAACCUUUACACUUGUUGCCGUCAUCGGCUCCAGGAUCGCUGGUCAUCAGUCCGCUUGGUUUGAUCAAAUCGAAAAAAGAAUUGACUUGACAACCCGUACACUUAGCUUCUUGCAUUCUGUCAAGCUUCUUGGGCUUUCUAGGAUUCUGGAAGAUAAACUGCAUGAGAAGCGGGAGAAUGAGCUACGAACAUCCCAGAAGUUCAGAAUCACCAAUUGCUCUGCCUUGGCAUCCGCUUCCGCCCCUCAGGUUCUAGCCCCUCUGGUCACCUUUGGCGCAUACUCAAUUGCCAAGAUGGUUUCAGGACAGCCCAACUUCUCAGAGGCAACGGCUGUCACCAGCUUUUCAAUCCUCAACCUCAUAUCCGCUCCUGCUAUGCAGCUACUGCUCGCAAUUCCUAUGGGAGCACAAGCAAUCGGAUGUUACGGUAGAAUCCAAUCAUUUCUUCGGACCCCCGAGGAUCUCAUCCCCUCGACAGCUACAACCAGCAGCUCAGACCUCACUGGCCAGAGUGCCAGACAGAACAUCCUGAUAGAACCUGAGUCGAGUAUUGUUCUAGACUGUAUCGAGCAGUCUCGUGGGAAGCUUGAAGUCCGAUAUGACCAAAACAGUCGCCUACCGAUUCAGUUCAUGCCAAAUUCAAUUAUUGCUAUCACAGGGCCAAGCGGCUGUGGCAAAUCUACCCUUCUUCGAGAACUGCUUGCUUCUCAACAAAUUCAACCUUCGGAUCUCUUCCCCUCAAGCAACGUUGCUUAUUGCUCUCAAACUCCUUGGAUUUUUGAAGGCACUAUCCGUGACAACAUUUUUGGCCAAUCCGAAGUGGACGAAAGCUGGUAUCAAUCUGUACUUCACAGUUGUGAACUUCGUGAGGAUCUGGACAAUAUGCCCAACAGUGACUCUACUGAAGUUGGCAGUGGAGGAUCGAAGCUGAGUGGUGGACAAAAGCAGCGUAUCGCUAUCGCUCGAGCCUUGUGUUCUAGAAAGGCACGGGUAAUCUUUGAUGAUGUAACAAGUGCCCUUGAUGGGCGUACUACAUCUUCCUUGAUAACUAAUGUAUUUAGUAAGGAUGGAAUAAUUCGCUCGCAGAACAUGUCUGUUGUUGUAGCAACGCACUCGUUGCAGAUUCUGCGUCUCGCAGAUCGCGUCUUGCUUAUGGGCCAAGAUGGCCAAGUCAUCGACUCAGGCCCAUACGCAGAACUCGCCACACGGCAAGAAUAUUUUUCACAACACCAAAGUGGAAAGUCUUCACGGCCUUCUUCUUUGCCUCGAGAUCCCCUGGUCCAAGUCAAAGAGCUUGAAGCUAGUCGAGGAGAGUACGCAUCUCAACUCAAAACCAAGGCCGAUGAUCUGCGGAGAAAGCAGGGAGACUGGAGGCCCUUUACGUACUAUCUUGGUGCUAUGGGAUGGCUUGGUGUCGGAACCUUUGUUACUGGCAUCAGUCUCUACAUGGUACUGAACGCAAUCUUUGGUGUUUGGCUGGUGUGGUGGGCCGAGGAUUCCCAUGGCGGCCGAGGUCUUGGCUACUGGCUAGGCCUCUACGCUACCUGGGCCACUCUCAUCACUAUUGGGAUUCUGAUAACACCCAUUUUCUUCUUCACCAAAUUGGCCUCCAAGGCAUCGCACGUCAUGCACGCGGACUUGUUAACAACCACGAUGAGCAUAGAAGACACUGCAUCUCUUAUAAAUAGGUUCAGUCAGGACAUCCGCUUAGGUGACUGGCAACUGCCAUUUAAUAUUCUUUUGACAGUGAUGGCGCUACUCGCGUGCCUAGCAAGCAUUGGUGUUGCUAUCUCGGCUGUCCCGUACUUGGCCAUAGGUGCACCAGGAAUUGCCAUUGUGCUUUAUCUGCUUCAAAUGCUGUACCUGCGCACUUCCAGGCAGUUGCGGUUACUCGAACUCGAACAAAAGGCACCUAUCGUGUCGCUGUUUCUCGACAGUAUCCAGGGAAUCACCACGAUCCACUCCUUUGGCUGGAGCUCAGCUUAUGUUCAAAAGAGCUACAACCUCUUGGACUCGUGUCAAAAGCCCCUCUAUACCCUUUACUGCGUUCAACGCUGGCUGAUACUUGUCCUAUCUCUCAUCGCCACAGGCACAGAACUGAUCGUCAUUGGAGCUGCCAUCGCUCUUCGCACGAAGGUCAGUGCUGGACUAGUCGGCCUAGCCGUUGUUCAUGUCACGACACUUGCAAAAAGUCUAUGCGAUCUUGUCAUGCAAUGGACAGAUAUGGAGACUUCACUGGGUGCUGUUUCGCGUAUCUACACAUUCUCACGUGAGACCCCUCGUGAGGUACAGUCGGAUCAAUCGUCUUCAAACCUGAUUGAAGGUUGGCCGUUAAGAGGCGGUAUCACUUUUGAGAAUGUCAGUGCAACGUAUGAAGAUGCUACCACAGGGUUAGAGGUGUCGCCAAAACUAGCCUUGGACAGUAUUACAUUUAAUGUCAAACCUGGUGAGAAACUUGGUAUCUGUGGUAGAACUGGCAGUGGGAAGAGUAGCCUCAUGGCAGCUCUCCUGCAGAUAGUACCUUGCUACCAGGGCAGAAUUCUUAUCGACGGCACCGACCUUUCGACACUCCAUUGCGAAGACGUUCAAUCCAAGCUUAAUUAUGUAACACAAGAGCCGUUUUUAUUUGACGGAACUAUACGAGAGAAUCUAAGCCCUUGGCAUCUAACUCUUGCCGACCAUGAGAUGACUGCAGCUCUUGAGAAGGUCACUUUGUUAAAAAAGGCCACAUCCCUCGGAGGACUAGAUGCUUUACUGAGCCGCGACUCAUUUUCACACGGUGAGAGGCAACUGUUCUGUCUCGCCCGAAGCCUUCUACGGAGCAGCAGCAUCGUAAUUCUCGACGAGCCCACUGGACAUAUUGACCCGAGCACGGAUGCUACCAUUCAGCAAGUUAUCAGGGAUGGAUUUCCCGGUCGAACCAUGAUCAUGAUCGCUCAUCGCUUGCGUACGUUACUUGAUUUCGAUACGGCUAUCGUCUUGGAUCAUGGGAGGGUGAAGGAGAUUGGCCCACCCAAGUCCCUUCUGAACGACAUGAGUUCUACGUUCAACGCACUCUACCACGCGGCUGAAGGUGGCUCAAAGGAUUCACCACCGAUCAUGCAGGACCCUGCGAGUGGUGGCGGCUUAGCCACAUGGUCCCCUGUUUAUGUAUCUAAACCGUGUGAGCCCAUCCGCCCCGCCCUCCUUCCCUGUCGUACUCUGCCCAAGGCAGUCCGCGCGAUGAUUGGAGCCGAGAUAGGCACAGUCGGAAGAAGCAGACUCACCGUUACAUGGCAAGACGAUGUGACUCAUGGUAUGUGGAUCUGCUUAAGCCGAGGCAAGGGUCGGACCCAGAUAUUUCGCAACCCAGGCGGAUGGGCUUGGCUGUCCUUACCUUCGCUGUGCGAGAAGCUCAGCCCCAAGCCCAUUAUUUAUCCACUCACUCAUAGAGUAUCUCGUAUUUUUAUCCAUACGCAAACCCAUAUCGACAAGGCACACUGGAAGGAGCACAUGCAAUCCGCACCAAAAUUCAAACCAAUGCAGCAACGAAUUGACCUCCAUUGUCACGCUGUGGCUCCAGGAUAUCGUCAAUAUGCUGUCGAAAAUGGCCACGAAAAGCCUGAUGGCAUGCCUGCUCUCCCUCAAUGGAGUCCGAAGCAGCAUAUUGCCCUUAUGCAGAAGCUGAAUAUUAGCAAAUCCAUACUGAGCAUCACCUCACCAGGCACACACUUGACGCCAAGUAAGGAUAACAAUGCAGCAUGUUUGACCCGCCAGGUUAAUGAGGAACUUUCUUCUAUCUGCAACGACCAUCCCUCGCACUUUGGAUUCUUUGCAUCCUUGCCUUUGCCGCUGGUCGAUGAAUCCAUUGCCGAGAUCGACUAUGCAUUGGACAAGCUUGGGGCUCUAGGGAUUGCGGUUCUGUCAAAUGCCAACGGCGUUUAUCUAGGCGAUGAAAAGCUUGAUGCUGUUUUUGCACAUCUGAACGCUCGGAAGACUGUAUUGUUCAUCCAUCCGACGACAUGCAACAUCCUUGGCCCUGUAUCUGCAGAGGCAAAUGCUCUACCACAGGUACAAGCAGUCAAGCCACUGGAGAAGUAUCCUCGGCCGAUGAUGGAGUUCAUGUUCGACGAGACUCGCGCCGUGGCAAAUCUGCUUCUCUCGGGAACUGUUGCUAGAUACGCAGACAUCAGGUACAUUAUGUCCCACUGUGGCUGCGCACUGCCUUCAAUGCUUGAUCGCAUCGGUGCUUUUGCGACUUUGAUAUCAGGGGCAGAAAGUCAGACCGCUGAGUUCGAGGAAUUAUUGCGGGAGAGGUUUUUCUUUGAUCUUGCUGGGUUCCCUUUACCUAAUGCCAUCCAUGGCCUACUCAGGAUACUGGGCGAAGGAGGAGAGCAGAGGCUGGUUUAUGGGACAGACUAUCCCUUUACUCCUGAAAGGCUAGUGGUGGGUUUGGCAGAUGCCUUGGAUACUGGCCUCGAAGGAAUAUUCGAUGAGGCUCAACGAAACGAUGUCUAUGUAGAAAAUGCUACUAAGCUUUUGAACCUCUAA